CCACACUGCAUUGGUCUUGGGAUAAAUGCUCUAACUCUGUAGUUAAUAUACCCUAACCGCACUUCAUUAGGGAGAGACUCCAUUUCAAAAAACAAAAGAACAGAUAAACUCUUCACUUUUUCCCCCAUUCACCACUCGAUUCAUCCGACGUGUUUCAAUCACUCCAGGAAUAUUUUUAAUCUCUUCCAAAUCAACUUCCCACGAACGCCAGAUGUAACCCCCUUGAGGGGUGCCCUGUUUCCGAAGAGACACACACACACAUAACACUUCAAACUUAUCAAAUCGAUUAAGACACACACGUUCCUUCUGAUCCGCAGAAUCACAACAAAUCUAAACAAGCCAGACUCUGGUGAUCCUCACAGCCUUCACUUUACCCAUCACUCUAUCCACCAGUUUAGAUAACUCAAAUGGUUUCUUUAAGAUUGGUACUCUGCUCAGAUGCUCCUUUUUAACAAACCGUCCUCCUACUAGAUAUGAAGGGGCAUUCUCAUCACUGUACCCUACUUUGCUCCGUUUUCCAUUAUUUUGAACAAUACUCCAAUUCUCCUUGAUUCUACCGCCAUUGUAUUCAGAUUCCACCUCAUCUUCCUUCCCCAACGUUCGCUUCCUCUCCCUUUAGCAAUCUGGUCAGUGAGCCGAAACUGUACGUCAUGUGAGAUAAAUCAGCUGACAUUGAACCGCGUAUCAUACAGCGCCCCCUGUCAGUCAUCCAUGGUUUAUACACAUCAUUGAAUAGCACGGACCUUCCGUCUAACCGUGCACCGUGUGUGCAAGCUACUGCGCGUGAGCAUCACAACGUGUUUUGAGGAAAAAGGUCACGAACUCUGACCCUCCCUGAAGCUGCAGCAGACAGAAAAAUAACAUACAUUUAUUAAACAUCGACACACAAUACGAGAAAACCGCACAAUAACAGUUUGAUGUGCCUCAUGGGGCUUUGAUGUGAGCAGCAGACAUCAUGGACGGACACACUCAGAGGAUUCAGCUGGUCUCAGCUGAUGGUGGCAUGAUGGGACACCGUAUCCAGAUCGUGACGGACCAGUCGACGGGCCAGAAGAUCCAGAUCGUGACGGCAUUGGAGCAGGGUUCUGGUGGCAAGCAGCAGUUUAUCCUGGCUAACGCAGACUACUCUACGCCAGGCAAGGUAAUCCUAGCCAAGCAAGAGGCCUCGUCCCCGGGCAAGGUGAUCCUGGCGGCCCCGGACGGUUCAGGGGUCAACCAGCUGCUGUUUGCCUCUCCUGACCUGGCUGGCCAGCAGAUCCAGUUUGUGACAGACGGGUCAGACCAGGCACUUGCCAAGCCCGUGGUGGAGUACUGUGUGGUGUGUGGAGACAGAGCCUCAGGCCGUCACUACGGCGCGGUGAGCUGUGAGGGCUGUAAGGGAUUCUUCAAGCGCAGCAUCAGGAAGAACCUGAUUUAUACAUGCCGGGGGUCCGGAGAGUGUGUCAUCAACAAGCACCACAGGAACCGCUGCCAGUACUGCAGACUGCAGCGCUGCAUGGUCCUGGGCAUGAAACAGGACUCUGUUCAGUGUGAGAGGAAGCCGGUGGAGGUCUCCAGAGAGAAGUCUAUCAACUGUGCUGCGUCUACAGAGAAGAUCUACAUCAGGAAGAACCUGUGUAGUCCUCUGGCUGCCAUGCCCACUUUCGUCACCGACAAGGAGACAGCCAGGUACUACAAGGAGUCAGCCAGGUACUACAAGGAGACAGCCAGGUCAACCAGUUUGCUGGAGUCGAGCAUGCUCCUGAACAUCCAGCAGCCUUUCCCCAAGCUAGAGAACACCAUCCUGGUCCCCACGUCCCCUGAAUCGAAUGACCCGUGUCAGGGCGACCUGAGCACGCUGGCCAACGUGGUGACGUCACUGGCCCACCUGAACAAGGCCCGGGAGAUGAACGACGUUACCGACGGCAAUGACCUGAUGGGCGCGGACGACACCCUUAGCAAUGGAGACAGCUCCAUGACGGAUCUCCAAGGAGACGAACAGACUGCCAGUGACAUCACCCGAGCUUUUGACACACUGGCCAAGGCAAUGAACCCUGGGGACGGCUCAGCAGGAGACUCUCUGGAGGCCACCAUGCAGCUGAUGUCAGGAGACCAGUCUGGCCCGGUGGUGGAGCUGGAGGGGCCUCUACUCUCAGACAGCCACGUCCCCUUCAAGCUGAUGAUGCCUUUGCCCAUGCCUGAGUACCUCAAUGUGAACUACAUCUGUGAGUCAGCCUCGCGGCUCCUCUUCCUGUCCAUGCACUGGGCACGCUCCAUACCUGCCUUCCAAGCCUUGGGUGGUCAGGAUAACGACAUUAACCUGAUGAAGGCGUGUUGGAACGAGCUGUUUGCUCUGGGUCUGGCUCAGUGCUCCAAUGUCAUGAAUGUUGCCACCAUCCUGGCUGCCAUCAUCAACCACCUUCAGACCAGCCUACAAGAUGGUACAGGAGGUGAUGAGAAGCUGUCCCCAGAGAGAGUGAAGCUGGUGAUGGAACACAUCUGGAGGAUGCAGGAGUUCUGUAACAGCAUGACCAAGCUGUCCCCUGACUCCUAUGAAUACGCCUACCUCAAAGCCAUCAUCCUCUUCAGCCCUGACCACCCAGGUAUAGACAACACCCUACAGAUUGAGCGUUUCCAGGAGAAGGCCUACAUGGAGUUACAGGACUAUGUAACUCGGACCUACCCUGAAGACUCGUAUCGGUUAUCCAAGCUGCUGCUGCGUCUCCCUGCCCUGCGGCUGAUGAGUGCAGCGGUGACAGAGGAGCUGUUCUUCACUGGCCUCAUCGGCAACGUGCAGAUAGACAGCAUCAUCCCUUACAUCCUCAAGAUGGAGUCCACCGACUACAACAGCCAGGUGGCCACUGGCGUCUGACCUCUGACCUUACCCCACUCCGACCCUGGUCACCACGGCAACCACCAUCAUCACAAGGUCAACAUGGAAACAUCACCUGCAGGCCAUUUUAGGCAAACGGCCAUGGAAACGUUAACAUUCUUAGGGGGGAUAAAACUGCAGGGUCGUGUUCAUUAGGGCACACUGUUAGCAAAACGUUUUGCAACGGACAAUGAAAAAUAGCAUUUAUUUUAUUGGACAAGUUCAGGCAGUACCUCCCUGUUUUUUUUGUUGUUGCUCUGUUUCUGACAUUUUUCUUUCCGUUUGGUGCCAACUGAACAGGACCCAGUUUGGUUGCAUUGUGACCACCUCCCCUCAACAGAAUCUGAAGGUUUUCUCAAUGGAAUCUGAUGACGACUUCUUCAGUGCUGAAACAAUCCUCCUCUUUGUCUCCCCU